AAGCCUCCACAGACCUCCUCUUAAAUAUUGUCUACUCCCCCAAAGACAGCAAGAUGAAGACCAAAGGCUUAGCUAUCUUGCUAGCCUUUCUGCACCUUCAGACCACCCCCAUCACUGGGCAGCUGCGUUCUGAGCUGUUCUCCAAUUUCAAUGGCUCUCUGGAUGACCAUGGAAUCUGCACAUGUUCGAUAGAAUUGCCAGACACAUCUUUUCCUGUUCAGAAGGUGGAAAAUUUGGAAAUCACAGCUCACGCUCUCACAGAGAAAUUUGAGAAAGAAUUGACUAAAGUAAAGGAGUAUACUAAAACGAUGCAGUUAUUUGAACAGAGACUCCUAAACCUAAGCAUGAGAAUUCAGGUCAUGGAAGAGUCCAGCAUUGCUUACAAUAAACUGGACUUUGAGUUGCUUAAAUUAGAAGUGAAUGAGAUGCAAAAACUGGUCACAGAAUUGAAAGCCAGUUUUGCUGGAAGCAAUGUCAUUAUUGACCAACUGGAGUUAGAGAUCAGGAAUAUGACUCUCCUGGUGCAGGAGUUGGAGUCACUAGACAAAAACAAUAUCCUUGCAAUCCGUCGGGAAAUUGUGACCCUGAAGAAUAGACUGAAGGAGUGUGAAGAGUUUAGAGGUCAAAACAAUACAGAUCCCUUUAUCCCACCUGGAAGCUGUGGUCAUGGAGGUGUGGUGAAUAUCAGCAAACCUUUCAUUGUUCAGCUAAACUGGAGAGGAGCUUCCUAUAUCUAUGGAGCUUGGGGGAAAGACUAUACCCCACAAGAUCCGGAGAAAACCCUCUACUGGGUGGCCCCCCUGAACACAGAUGGACGAUAUUUUGAGUAUUAUCGACUUUACAACUCUCUGGAUGACUUGCUGCUCUACCAACAAGCCCAAAACUUUCGAGUCCUGUACGGAGAAGGCAGUGGUAUGGUCGUUUACAACAACUUCAUGUACUUCAACUUUCGUUCCACAGGUGACAUUGCCAAGCUUGACUUAAACACCAAUGUUAUUACUCUGAGACGGACUCUUCCCAAUGCCGUUUAUAACAAUCGCUUUUCCUAUGCUGGUGUCAAUUGGCAAGAUAUAGACUUGUCUGUGGAUGAAAGUGGACUGUGGGCUAUCUAUUCAACUGAAGCCAGCGCUGGUAACAUUGUGAUUAGCAGAAUCAAUGACACUUCACUUGAGGUGCUAAACACUUGGCAAACCAUACAGUACAAGCCAUCUGUCAGCAAUGCUUUCAUUGUAUGUGGGGUUCUAUAUGCCAUUCGAACUAUGAACACCAGAAAGGAGGAGAUUUUUUACUACUAUGACACAAAUACUAAGAAAGAGGGCAGACUAAGUAUCAUCAUGGACAAAAAGCUAGAGAAAAUACAGAGUGUCAACUACAACCCCCUUGACCACAAGCUCUAUGUCUAUAAUGAUGGUUACCUUGUGACUUAUGAUCUUUCAUUUCAACAGUUACAAUGACUUUGAUAAAUAGGAGGGGAAGAGUUAAAUGGAACUUUUCCUAAAAAAGUGAAAUGUUCCCAUUUCUUCAUGUCCUAUUUAAUUAUAUUCCAAAUUGAGUUUGCUUAAUCUUUGGAUCAUUUGUAUCUUCAUUUUGUAUCUUCAAAAAUAUUUUAGGGGUUUGGGAUAGUAAUAUUUCCAGUGAAUCUUAUUCUUCCUAAAUCAGUGAGCAUUGGGUUAAGUACCUACUGUGUGCCAAACACUGUGCUGGCUGCUGACAAUAAAAAA